UCGAGGGGCUACCCGAACGCCUUCGUACAUUGUGUCUGUAUCCAAACCUUCACCAGUGGCGAUCUCGCGUUUCGCAGCCGCGUGAUGACGUAGUAGUUUUCCCUUACCUCUUCGUAUACAUACACAUAGUGUGAUUUGUAGCAGUAGGAUUGCCCCGGUGAUCAAUUACAAUAGGGUCCAGUGUUCUUGUCGCAUUAUCGCAGACCAACUAUGAAUAGCGGCAUCCAUCAGGAUUCACUGACCUUGGAUGACAUGAAGGCAUUGGGUAGGAAGGAACACCCACUUGAAAAAAUGUCCAACGGUAGUGGUAGUGUUGUGAAUAGUGCUAAUAAUAACAAUGUAGCGCUAAUUAACAACAACAACAAUGGCGGCCGGAACAAUCAUAAUAAUAACAGCGCAAAGUUGAUAAUAGCUAAUGGAAAUGGUUCAUCGAUUGGCAAUAGCCCAGCAAUUCAGGCUGCCGUUUACGCGAGUGUUUCGUCGGCAGCGGCGGCGGCAGCCGCAGCAUCCAUCGAAGACAACAAGCUCGGCGCCAACGAUAAGGAGAAGCUCACGAAAGCUGUUAUGAAGGUGUUCGAGGAGUAUAAAUGGACUCCACCCACCAACGUUGUCAAAUCGCCGACAGAUAAGAAGAAAAAUCACAUCAAACGACCGAUGAAUGCGUUUAUGGUCUGGGCGCAGGCAGCCCGUCGUGAGAUGUCCAAACAGGAACCAAAACUGCAGAACUCUGAGAUUAGCAAGGAUCUAGGGAAAAUGUGGAAAAAUCUUGCCGCCGAAGACAAACUACCUUUCAUAGAGCAAGCAGAGAAACUUCGAAUGACACAUAAGAGUCAACAUCCCGACUACAAGUACCAACCACGACGAAAAAAAUCGAAAAAGUUCGGCAAACAUGGAAAGCACUGUUGCGACGACGAAUGUGAAGAAACCAACAGUCCUCCACCGCCACCAAAACCACGCACUAAGAAGAGUUCGAGUACCGCUGCCAACAAAUCGAAGGGGUCAAACUCAGCGAAGACACAGUCCGCUUCUAGUUUGAACAUAGGUUACGAAUUUAUGAAUCAGCCAACUAUUGUCAAAGUUGGACAACCGGCAGACAUGUUGACUCCUUCAUCGUCCACGUCAUCCGUGGAGCAAUACCCGGGCUACUCACUUAGUAGAGAGCCUACCGGGAAGCUUGGAAACAGCGAACUAGUCAACCGGUACUACGGAGUAGUCUCGUGUGAAAUGGAAUCACCGUGCAGUCCACAAAGUCCGAGUGCAGCUUCAAUUCAUUCCUCUACCGAAGGUCAACCUCUAACUCCACCAACAACUCCGUACACCGGACUCGCCAAUGUCAAGUCCUUUUCACCACAUUCCCGGAUGUCCAGUAACGAUUCUCCAGUCAGUUAUUUCAACCGAAACGAUUUCCCAAAUUGUGCAUCCAUAGACUAUCGCAACGAGCAUUGGAGUUCCCUGCACGCAAACAGUGGCUAUAAUAAUAACACGCUGUCGAGUACAUCUGCUUUUACAACACAAAACACCAGCAGUAAAGACUUCUACCGAACCUUCUCGAACCAGCUUCACGAUCCCAGUUCCACUGUUCCCUCCUACCAUCAUGCAAACUCAGCCGGCCUACAGCCAACGCUUCCUGCUUCACCAAUCCCAAACCUUCCCCCAGACUAUGCCUCCCUUACAUCAAUCCCCAACCAAAGCUACCUGAUUUCUCCACUGGACCAGGACCAGGUCGACAUCGAACAAUACCUCGAUAGUCAAGCUGUAGGCAAGAAAUCAUUCUCUCAAUUCUGCAAAUCCGAAGCUUCCUCCCAUAGCCUAACUGAACCACUCCUCCACCACCACCACCAUCACCAUCUUCCCAACCAUCACCAGCAACAAACCUCCCCAUCCCCGGGCUUACAACCAAUGGAUACAAUUACUGCCGAUGCUGUUACUGCCGGCACAUCCAUCGUGGCGUCCACAAUCCUUGAUCCAAGCUCAACGAAUUCCAGUGGAUUGUACUAUGAAAGCACUCACUCAUCUGCAGCACCUUCCACGAACUCCAUCCACUCGGUAUCGCCACAGCAUCAUUCGCACCAUUCACAUCUGCACCAUCAUCACCUGCACCAUCACACCACAAUGGGUUCGCAUCUGCCAACCUAUUACAACAGUUGGGGUACCGGAGGGUAUGGGGCAAACUCAUAGUAAUAUUGAGGGAAAUUUUCUUCAUAACGUGGCAGUUUUUAGGUUAUCAAAUAAAAUAAUGCUACUAAUAAGAUGAAUAGGGUCAUUUAUUCAUAAGUUGUUAGCGGACGAUAAAUAUACGUAAUGAAACUUUUAUUUUUGUACGUUAAAUAAUAAAUAAACAUCUUUUUAUAAAAUCAAAUUAACAGGAAGACAGAAUUGAUAUCCUUUUGCUGUCAAAGAAGCUAGCUCAUAUGGCUGACACUGGCCAUAUCAAAUGUAUGUAAUAGUAUCAGAGGUUUCUCUUAAUUUUAUGAUUCUAAAUAAUACUCUAUUCUUAAGAGAGUAAAUUAUAAAUUCACAAAUAAUAAGAAUGUGGUGGCUUAUUUCGUCAAAAUUCUUAAUCGAAUCCGGCUACAAAAAUUUUUCGUCAUGCUAAAUUUUAUUUUAAACCCAAAUUAAAUUUGGACUAACAUUAGUGACGUAUCUCUAUUACUUGGAAAUACAGUUAGGGCAAAGGCGGUAAAGCCAAUUGUCAAAGUGCACUGCAAAGAGAAAAGGCCCUUGCUAUGUGGCCAUUUUUUCAAUUAAUCCUCUUAAUAUUAUAGUCGAAUUAAACGGAAGACAUCUGUCUUAAGAGGAUUAAUUGUGACAUUCCACUAAGUCGCUCAAACAGUUUUGAUUUUAGUAAAAAAAUUGUAAACAUUUUUUCAAGCCAAUAUCUGCCUUGUAAAAUCAAAGCGUCAAAGGCCAUAGCGUCCAGACCCAUUACAUGUUGAGAAGCUGAGUUGGGGCUGGCACUGACAUUAGGAUGCGAGAUGCGAAAAACCUGCUUGCAGCAAACCAAAAGGAUAAAGUCAGAGUGAAAGCUGAGCGGAUCUGCGCCGAUUGCCUGGUUUUACUCUGACAGGGUCCCCUUGAUUGCUGCAAUCAGCUUACUCGCAACUCGCAUCCUAAUAUCAGUACCAACCGCAGCUCAGCUUCUCGCCGCCACUCUGUCAGCGGUUUAAGGUACGAGAUGAUGUCAGAGUGAAAGCCGAGUGGGUCUGCGCGGAUGCUCUUACUCUGGCAGGCUCUAUUUGAUUUGCUGAAAGCAGGUUUCUCGGAUCUCGCAUCUUAAUAUCAGUACCUAACCCAGCUCAGCCGCGACUACGUUGGCAACCUUAGUCGAGAAUUGAUCCCUUCGCCAUGACAGAUGCGUGAGCGUAAUACCCCAAGUAGCAAUUCUGGGUUUAUAGCACACUAAAAGCGCAAAGUUCUAAAAAGGGCUUCAAGAGUGCCAUAAAACCUCAAUUGUUACUAGGAAUAAAAAUCGAAAAGUUCAAAAAGUCGUAUGACUAAAGUGAAAGCAAGAGAAAGAGAAUAUGACCGGUGGCAAUUUAGUGAAAAAUAGCACUAAAAUCACAACAAAAUGAAGUAAAAAUGGAAUUUAAUUUACAUUCAACUAUCAAACCAAUACAUGACUUUUUACCGGGCAAUUUAAUGAGGAAAAGUUGAGUAAUUUGAGACUUGGAAAAUCAAUCAAUAAAUAAAUGUAUAAUAAUAUAAAAAUAUACUGUUUAAGAAAACAUUAUAUAUACAGUAAGUCGUUUUACCAAUAAAAAAUAUGGAAACAGCGAUCACAAGUGAAAUCUCCUGUAUAUUAUU